AACCAUAUGGAUUCACAUGUUGAGCAAUUGAAUAUUAAGCAUUAUUUCUGUUUAACAUUUCCAAUACUAAUCAUAUAUUUUGAAAUCAAUAUUCAAUCUGUGAUAGCAACAGUAAAUUAUUGGUAUGACACACGGAUGCGAUUAAGUAUAAUGAUAAUCCUGGCCCUUGUACUAAAAUUUUGAAGUAAGUGGUUUGCACGUAGAAGGAUACAUGUGGGCAUAAACUUGUGAUGAUGGUCAUCACGUCUGGAAACAAUUGAGGAUCAAUACUCACUCAACAACAAAUGUGGUUUAGCAGCAUUCACGUUCUUGACAACAUUACCCAUUCCAAAAACUAUAUAAAGGAACCUAACUCAAAUGAACUUAACAUCAAAGCAGAAUCACAUUCCAAAAAACUCACAAUAUCUUUUCAAGAAGAUGGCAAGCAGCCAACUUGUCCUGAUCGUUUCGUUGCUCCUUGCAUUAGCUGUUCCACUGAUAAAUGCCUAUGACAAAGUGCCAACUAAGUCAGUAAAGAAGACUGACCAAGUGGUGGUUGAAGGCAUGGUCUAUUGCCAGAGCUGUGAUAACUAUGGAUCAUGGUCUCUGUCAAAAGCUAAGCCCAUUGCAGGAGCUAAAGUUAGUGUUAUCUGCAAAAAUUACAUGAAAAGAGUCAGCUUCUACAAGGCAUUUAAAACAGAUGAAACUGGCUACUUAUUUGCAGAGCUAGAUGGCUUCAAAAUGGGCCAUUCUUAUCUUGACCAUCCUCUACAUUCAUGUCGCGUAAAAUUGGUCGAUUCUCCUCUCGAAAACUGUGAUGUGUUCACUAAUGUCAACUAUGGAAUCACCGGUGCUCGACUCCGAUUUUUAGACAAGACAUUGAAGCGAAGUAAUUACGAGGCUGUAAUUUAUGCUGCAGGUCCCUUUGCUUUCCGACCAGAUCACUGUCCUCCUAAGCCAGAAAAUUAAUUGAUUUCCAUCAUCUACUUUUACGUUUUUAACUUUCUACUGGUUUUAUGCUUUCAUAACAGUAUUGAGUAUAAAAUUUCCUUUUCUAUGUAAGCCAAUUGGGCAACAUUCUUCACAUUGCAAGCAACAUUUUGCUCAAUUCAUAAUUGA